AUGCUUGUUCAUAGUAUCCUCAGAUCUUUUAUUCUGGUGGCGUCGUUGGCAUCUCUGACCCCAGCAGCAUCUUUUGACCACACGCAAACGUUCAAGGACUUGCAAGACCUUCGGACUCGCAUAGAUUCUAUCAACAGCUGCCUGGAAACAUAUGAUGGAGGCACUCUAAAAUCUCUCACAUGCGCAAAAGAUCUGUAUGGUCUCAUGGUGACUAGUACAAGUACACGAUCUCAAUAUGAAAGUUCUGGUCCUUUCUCCGAUGAUCAGCUCCCUGAAUUUUUCGACAAAUAUCACGCCAUGCGGACCAGUAUUCAGAAGACUCUCAGAGCUGCCACUUCCAAGAGCUCCCAACUUGAUUCCGCAGGAUUCAACCUGUUUGCUCACAGCAUCAUUCAAACCUUCUCGAUCCAGCGGGGCGUGUUCGAAACAUUGACUAAAGGAAAGGUUCCAGUGGCCAACCAUUCCAUGAUUGCUGGGCCUGUUGACAGCCUUGAUGCUGAGUUUCAAAACGCUCUUUCUGGGUUUGCUGGUGGUAUUGGAAGUAUCCUUGGCUCUAUCUAA